AUGCCUCUCACCACCCUUCGACAAAUCAUUUCUGGAUGCUUUACUCUUUUUACAACAGGAAAUCCAACAUUCUAUGGGCAUAUCACUUUUGGAGUUAUUGGAGUCUAUUCCAUGCAUCUAGCAUACAAAGGGCUUAAGAAUAUUUAUUUAAAGGUCUCGGACCGCUUGGAGGAAGCAGAUAAAUUGGAGAAAGAGAAGCUUUCAAUCGCUCAAGCAGUUACUCCAUACAGAUUUCCGAGCAGUACCAGACCUCCCAUGAUAAACGCCCCUUUUCUUGAACAACAAGCCAAGAAAAUGAUUUUACAGCAACAACAAAGCAAACCAUCAUCAUCGGAAUAA